CUUGAAGGUCUCUUCUGCGACUCGAACACACAACCUUCUCAGUCCAGCCCGGAUCAUUAAGCACUAGGUCACGGCACCCUGAUAGAUCUCCAGUGUUUGCUCAGUAGGGCACGUGCAUGUGGUGGAGAGUCACAUUCAUGCGCGUGGAGGCGUCACACACCAUCCAAGAGCUCAUAGAGUCAAAGUCGAAGUAUCUUCCGGGAAUCUGCGGAUUAUCUCGAGGCGCAUUUGAAGAGGUUUAGAGAUGGAGGAAACUGUGUCUGUGUCGGCCAAUGAGAAGUGCUGUCAGACUGAUGACAUCACAGGUGAGGCCGUUGUUCCCGGGCCUGACCAUGCGAGCAAGACGCUAGUCUACUCCACAGAACCUGGAGAUCCCCCUCUGCUACAAACACCGCUGCUCACCUCCAAAUCUGGCAUCCAGCAGAUCAUUGAAUGUUUCCGCACAGGUACUGCACAGCUGAAACACAUUCUCCUGAAAGAGGUGGACACAAUCUUUGAAUGCAAACUCUGCCGCAGUCUCUUCCGUGGCCUUCCCAAUCUGAUCAAGCACAAGGAAAUUUAUUGUUUCACUCGAAUGCCUGAACCUGAUGACCCCUCUGGAGAUGGCAAAAAAAGCUUGAAAGAACUUAUUGAGGCCAUCUAUCCCCGCUCUGAUAAAGAGGAAUACGUACUGAAAUUUGAACCCAUUCCCAGCAACCAGAAUGCAGUGUACCAGUACCUGUCCAAAGACGACGACCUGCCACCUUCAUCCCAGAGCCCCAACCACACGGCCACAGACAGCUGGAGACACUACCACUCCAACAGCCAGGAAUUGUACACAGAUGAGGUCCGGUUAGAAGAAGAGGAGAGCAAUUGCAUUGAUGGCGAAGAUGAGAGGGAGAACAUGGACAAAGGAGAGGAAGAUGCAGAGGAAAACAAGGAGCAUCCAGAUGCUGAAGAACCUGAGGAGCCAGUGGAAGAAGACCUGGCCUCCUGCAGAUGCCUCCUCUGCAAUAGGACGUACAGGGUUCGAGGUCACCUUAGGAGACACCUGCAGACUGUUCACAAGAUUGUAUCCUCAGGUUCCACAACCAAAUCUACUGAUCCCCCGUCCAACUCCAAGAAAAUGGUCAACGGUAAAGUUCUAGACAGUCCCAACACUAGUCCUAGUUCCUCCUCUAACUCCCAGAGCCCCAAGGAGGACAAGGUGCCAUCCAAGGCUGAAUUCUCUGCGGGCUUUGACUUCAAGGCGCGCUUCUGCAAGCUCUGCAAACGGACAUUCAGCUCCGUGCAGAACCUGGAGAAACACAUCGAGCUGCAUACGGACAAUGGCACAGACUUCUUUGUCAAGUUUUACUGCUGCCCGCUCUGCCGCUACAAGACGCGCCGCAAAAGAGACGUGCUACGCCAUCUCUCGGAGUUCCACAAGAAGAAGUCCUCCUACCUGAGCCGGAUCUCGCAGUCGCUGGAGAGCUACGCCAUCAAGAAGCCAGCGGAGGUCGUGUUGAACAAAGAAGAGGCGAAAGAUCAAGGUCGACAACAGGAAGUGAAAGUCAACCACAACUACACUUCGCCAUAUCCGACGCGAAGGAACCUAAAAACACCUGGCGUAAUGCGCAACAAGACCUCGAAAACUGGCAAUAAGAGGCGCCGCGUCGAAGUAGUGACCAAUAGCAAAAAAAAUGUGAAGCCCAGUAGCCCAAAAGGGAGUGUCACUAAGAAAUCUCUGCACGUGUGCAACAUCUGUGGGCAAAGCUUUAAAAAGACAAGGUACCUAGGGUUGCACAAGAGAAGCCAUCUAAAAACUGCAGCAAGGAGCGCAGGUAUCAGAACAAGAUCAAAGGUCAUGCUUUGAUAUUUUCUGACAGCGAACUGGACUUGCAGCGACAGCGGAAAGACAUACUGGACAAAGAACAGCCUAACCGUUAAAAAAGUACAGAAAUCCCAGUGCUGUACUACGAAAAAGUUGACAGUGUACAAAAAAGACGUUAGUAGGGUAUAAGAAAUGUGUGUCCGAGCUUUCCCAUCGUCCCAAACACACAUAUUGGAGAAUGUAUGUGUCAGUGUAACUGUACAGUAUUUUCAGCUGUGCUCUGUUAUCCAUUCAUGAGGGGUUCAGACCACUCUCAAAUGUAAGAGGAAAUAUAUAUGCUUUCUAUUCCCACGCUGCCAUUAGUAAGAUUUGACAUUUCCAUCCAAAAACGGCCAGAUGAUUAUUCCAGGCUCCAGAUGUAGUGAACUGGCCUCAGGCGGAGCUUCAAGACACACAUGCUCUUGUUGAGAGGGCACUGAACACCGCUGAACGCUGCUGUUGACACCCAUCAGACUCAUUGGUAUUCAGUGCUGUCGUAUGGGGUGAGAUCUGGACAUCUUUCUGUUCGAUCGCUGAGAAAACGGUGAACACUGAAGACCACUGGAACAACAUGAACUCCGUUAUAUUAAGGGAAAAGGAUCUUUUAUGUUUGAAAAGCACAUGCUCUGGGGAAGAUGAUCAGUUGUGCUUGUGUGAACUGCAGGUAAAACACUUUCUAUCAGAUCUUUUUUAGUUGUGUUCCCCUGCAGUUCUUUGAUUAAUUCGUCUGAUAUCAGUUUUAGAUGAUUCUUGUGUUAUUUUACGCUCUUCAUUUGUCUUUUCACAUUUUACAAAAAAAGUUGACAGGUCUUCAGAAGCAUUUACUGUGCAAAUCUGUAGAUCCAAGUUUCUUUGUUUAGCCUUCUGGAGGAUAAAAGUUGGUAUUUUUUUUAUUUUUCAUUUUUCUUUGUAUUGACCAACAAUAAACAGAUAAAUUAC